AUGCCUUUUGGUUUGCCAAUGAAGGCCAUGGAGCCUACUGUCUGCGGAGACAAGUUAGGUAACCUCAUCUUGGAAGUAGCUAAAAACUUUGUUAUAUAUAUUGGGAUGGUGAUUGUCUGCAAUGGUUUACAUUUUCUUCUAAAGCCUUAUAAACAACCUCGCAUUACUUCAGACAUAAUUGUAGGACUAGCUGUGGGCAACAUAGGGUUUGUACGUGGACUAUUUGAGAAAUUCAACCUAACGUUUGGAUUUAUCAUUGAUUUUGGAAUGACAUGUUACAUGUUUACCCUGGGGAUAGAGAUGGAUCCUUAUGUCUUGUUUGCAAAACCAACUAGGUACACUAAAAUUGCUGUAGCAGGAGUUGUAUGCACGUUCGUCAUGGCAGGGCUUCUAACCCCAAUUUUUAAGUACUUCCCAGAUCAAAAUAAGCUACUGGAGUUCACCCUAGCCUUCUCCACAAUUAUUUCUAGCACAGAUUCACCUGUUUUGACCCGUUUAAUAACCCAGAUGAAAAUAGGAAAAUCAGAUAUUGGGAAGCUUAUCAUUGGAGCAGGGGUGCACACAGAUUUUUUGUGUUGUUUGAUGCUUUCCCUUGGCUACAUACUUGUGCCAAUGCCAGAAUAUUGUCAUAAUUUGGAAGGAAGGUUGGAGGCUAAUAUAACCAUUAAAGUAGUGUGUGCAGUGCUGGUGCAAGUAGGGUUCACAGCCAUGGUUUCACCAGUGCUUAUGAAGUGGGUUAGCAAUGAGAACCCUGAAGGUAGACCCAUGAAAGGUCCUCACUUGAUACUCUCACUUGCCUUCAUGGUCUUAAUGUGUGCCUCCACCACUAUGUAUUAUUAUAAUCCAAUUUUAAGUGCUUUUCUGGUAGGGCUUUGUGUUCCAAGGGAUGGUAGAGUUUCCAAAUGGGUUAUCACCAGAAUCAACUACAUGUUGACCACCAUUUUCUUUCCCAUAUUUUUCCUGUGGAUGGGCUAUGAAUCUGAUAUAAGGAAUUUUGAAUCACGCCAUUUUGCAACAUGGAUAAGACUAACUUUGCUUUUGGGAGUGGCAACAGGUGGAAAAAUUAUUGGAACAGUGAUCUAUGGGAUCAUGUUGGGCUUUCGCUGGCCUGAAUCGGUUGCAAUAGGAAUGCUUCUUGCCAUUAAGGGCCAUUUGCAUAUCUACUUAGCUAUGAAAGUGAUAGGUUGUGGUGGAACAACUACUUCCACAGGCAUUGUGAUGGUAAUUGGAACCUUUUUAACAACUUUGCCUGCAUCAACAAUUGUUACAAACAUCAUUAAAAGAGCAAAGAAAAGAGCACCCACUCAUCGAUUGGCACUUCAAAUGCUUGACCCCUCAAGUGAGCUAAGGAUCCUCCUAUGUGUUCAUGGAAUUCGAAAUGUUCCUGCUUCCAUCAACUUGGUGGAGAUCACAAAAGGGACGGGUGACACCGGCAUUGUGGUGUAUGUCACUGACAUGAUUGAACUCACUGCUGAAGCAUCAGACCCAAUAGAUAGGGAUGAAGUACUGCACUCAUCAACAGUGAAAGACAGGGAAGUCAUGGAGAUGAUAGACCAAAUAACCAACUCAUUCCAAGCCUAUGUGGUGGGGAAUGAUGAGGGCAUUACGCUCAAAAGAACAAUGGCACUCUCAACAAUCACUAGCAUGCCACAAGACAUCUGCAUUUUAGCAGAGGACUUGAUGAUUGCUCUCAUCAUAUUACCAUUCCAUAGGAGCCAACGUGAUGAUGGAAGCUUGGAUAGUGGUAAUGUAGGAUUCAGAUACGUGAACCGAAAGGUACUAAGAAGUGCCCCUUGUUCUGUUGGGAUUCUAGUAGAUAGAGGUCUUGGAUCAGUUGAACAUAUAAAAAGAUCUGAAGUAACGCUAAAUGUGGCAGUGAUAUUCAUCGGUGGAAAAGAUGAUAGGGAAGCACUUGCCUACGCUAGUCGUGUAGCGCAGCAUGCAAGAGUUAAGCUGACAGUAAUAAGAUUCCUGGUUGAUAGCAGUGUGGAGUCCUCAGCAUUAUACAGGGUCAUCCUUCCAGAGCAGGAGAAAGAGAUGAAAUUGGAUGAUGAAUGCUUUACACAGUUCUAUGAAAGGCAUGUGCUUGGGGGUAGAAUUUCCUACAUGGAGAAGUAUCUUGCAAAUGCUACUGAGACCUUUGCCACUCUGAGAUCCUUUGAAGGGCAAUACUCAUUGGUGAUUGUUGGAAGGGAAGGAGGAAUGAACUCUGUUUUGACAAGGGGCAUGAAUGAUUGGCAACAGUGCCCAGAAUUGGGACCAAUAGGAGAUGUUCUUUCUGGAACAGACUUCUCAAUGACUGUUUCUGUUUUGAUCAUCCAACAACAUAGACUUAAAGGAGAAAUAGAUGGGUUGGAUGAAGACUUCUCCAUCAUAUAA